AUGUCGCGAUUUCUCAGCUCGUCCGCGUCGUCGCGCUCCGCCGCCUUAUUCGGCUGCCUGCUGCUGGCCGGCGAGACCGGCCUCGGCCUGCUCAUCAUUCACCGCGCACGCUACACCGAGAUCGAUUGGAAGGCCUACAUGCAGGAGGUGCAGGCGGUUGCCGACGGCGAGCGUGAUUACACCGCGAUCGGCGCGAACACUGGGCCGCUCGUGUACCCGGCGGGCUUCGUGUGGCUCUACCUCGGCCUGCACCGCCUGACGGGCGCCGACCCGGAUUGCUGCCGCCUGCCGCCCACAGAGGUCUCCGAGUCGGCCCGGUGCGUGUCGGGUGGUGGGGACGUGCGGACAGCGCAGUACAUCGGACUGGGCGUGAGUGUGGCGACGCUCGCGCUCGUGCUCCGCGUGUACCGAGCCUGCGGCGUGCCUCCGUGGGCGUGGGCGCUUGCGUGCGGCUCGUACAGAGUCCACUCGCUCUACCUGCUCCGCCUCUUCAACGACGGACCGGCGAUGCUGCUGCUCUUUGCCUUUCUCGCGGCGUACGCGCGCCGGUCCUACGCCGCAGGCGCACUCCUCUUCUCGGCCGCACUCUCGGUCAAGAUGAACGCGCUCCUCUUCGCACCCGCGCUCGCGCUGCUCACCCUCCGCGAGUGCGGCUGGGCCGGAGCCGUCGCCACAGCCUGGCCAUUCCUGCGCGCCAACGCGGCCGGAUACCUCGGCCGCGCCUUCGAGCUCUCGCGCGCCUUCGAGCACCGCUGGUCGGUCAACUGGGCGAUGCUGUCGCCCGCCGCUUUUGGCUCCGCCGCCCUCGCGCGCGGGCUGCUCGCCGCGCACCUCUGCCUCCUGCUCGCGUUUGCGCAUUGGCGCCUGCUCGGCGGGGCCGUGCGCGGGCCGCUUCCGCCGCGCGACGACGCGGCGCGCCACGCGCUGCAGGUCGCGCUGUCGUGCAACUUCAUCGGCAUCGCGGCGGCGCGCAGCUUGCACUACCAGUUCUACCUCUACUACUUCCACUCGCUGCCGGUGCUGCUUUGGAUGACGCCGUUCCCGCCGGCGCUGAGGCUCGCGCUGUGGAUCGGCAUUGAGGGCGCCUACAACGUCUACCCGCCCACCGCCUCCUCCUCGACGCUGCUGCAGCUCUGCCACGUCGCCCUGCUGCUCGGGCUGUGGCUGGCGCGGGAGCCCGGCGGCGACGCAAAGGCAAAGGCAAAAACAACCUAGCCGCGUGGCUUCCCAUUGCGCCGUGCGUGAGUUUCCCACUACGGCGCGCGCGAUAGAACUAGAAACUGUCGCCAUGUGAAAGUUGACUCUU